AUGGGUCACCAGCAGCUCUACUGGAGCCACCCUCGCAAAUUCAGCCAGGGGCCUCAGUCGUGCCGCCUGUGUUUGAACCAGCAUGGCUUGAUCCGAAAGUACGGCCUGAACAUGUGCUGCCAGUGCUUCUGUCAGUAUGCGAAAGACAUCAGCUUCAUCAAGGUGGACUAA